AUGAGUGUCAAAAAAAGAGGGAACGAUCAUUCAUAUAUUGAAUAUGGAUUCACAUCCAUCAUCAUCAAUGGAGAAGAAAGGCCUCAAUGUGUUAUUUGUAGUAAAGCUUUGUCAAAUGAUUCUAUGAAACCAACAAAGUUGAAGCAACAUUUGCAGAAUGUUCAUCCUCAACACAAGGACAAGGACAAAAACUUUUUUGAACAUCAUGAGAAUGCUCUCAAAAAGAUGAAGCUGGAUUCAACAGGGGCAUUCAAAGAAACAAACCAAAAGGUUACUGAAGCUUCUUAUGUCGUAGCACUGUAGAUAGCAAAGCAGAAAAAAACACAUACAAUUGGGGAAAAUUUGAUCAAACCUUGCUCUCUCAAAAUGGUGGAAAUUGUGUUGGGAAAUGGAUUGGAGAAAAAACUUGCAGCGGUUCCACUAUCAAACAGAACUGUUCAUAGAAGGAUCAGCGAUAUGGCCAUUGACAUCAAGGAUCAAGUUGUGCAGGAGAUCACGUUUUCAGCAUUUGGCUUAUUUUCAAUUCAACUUGAUGAAUCGACUGAUGUGGCAUCGUGUUCCCAGUUGAUGGUGUUAGCAAGGUAUGUUCACUCAGGUUCAUUUAAAGAGGAGUUUCUCUUUUGUUCUCCUCUUGAAACAACUACCAAGGCCUCGGAUAUUUUGGAAAAGGUUUCAUCUUUCUUUGAAUCAGAAAAUCUUUUGUGGGAUAAUAUCUGUGGGUGCUGUACAGAUGGAGCACCAGCUAUGUUGGGGACAAAAUCAGGAUUUCAAGUUUGUGUGAAAAAGCGAGCUCCAAAAGUGAAAGGCAUUCAUUGUAUGAUCCAUCGUCAGGCACUGGCCUCAAAAACACUUCCAGCUCCGCUAGGGAAGGUUUUGGAUCAAACAAUUCAAAUUGUGAAUUUUGUCAAAGGAGGAGCUCUCAACUCACGACUUUUCAAGCAGUUAUGUACCAACAUGGAUGCAGCCCAUCAUUUGCUUCUUUUCCACACAAAUGUUCGAUGGCUGUCAAGAGGAUAUGUAACUGAUCGAAUAUUUGAGCUUAGAGAUGAGCUCAAAUUAUUUUUUGAAGUUCAGGGUAAGAUGGAAAUUUUUGCCUGGCUGGAUGAUGAGGAAUGGAUCAUGCGCCUUGCCUAUUUGGUUGAUAUUUUUGAGCAGCUGAAUAAACUGAAUCUUCAGAUGCAAGGAAGGAAUACAAACAUCAUAAAAUUCAUGGAUGCCUUGAAAGCUUUCAUGAGCAAGCUGGAAAAUUGGAAGAGAAAGGUCAAUAUAAAAAAUGUUGCAAUGUUUGAGAAAAUGUCAUCCGUUCUUGUUGUUGGUGGUGAAGACAAGGUGCUUCCACAAUUUGCAAAAAAUGAAAUUUUGCAGCAUUCGACAACACUGGAAAAUGAAUUCAGCCGAUAUUUUCCUGAACUUAGCGAUGAUGAGUUGGAUUUAGUGCGAAAUCCAUUCAAAUUGUCAGUUGAAAAAGUUCCUGAUGAUUGUCAAGAUGAAUUUCUGGAGCUGAAAACUGAUUCGGGAGCAAGAGAUAUGUUCGAUGAGAAAUCAAUCACAGAAUUUUGGCCCUUGAUGUGCGAUUCCUACCCAAAAGUGGCAGAAAGAGCUAUCCGUGCAUUGCUUCCGUUUGUGUCGACAUAUCUUUGUGAGUCAGGCUUUUCAACUCUGUUGCAAAUUAAAACGAAGCAACGUAGUAGAUUAGAGGUAGAAAAUGACCUGCGUUGUGCCCUUUCAAGCACUCCUCCGCGUAUCCCAGAAUUGGCGAAGAAAAAACAAUCACACGUUUCUCAUUGA